AUGCCCGUCGUCGGCGCAGAGAAGCUCGUGGAGCUGCAACAAGCCCACGAUGGGAUCCGCAACAUCUGCAUCCUCGCCCACGUUGACCACGGCAAGACGUCGCUCACGGAUGCCCUGAUCGCAACCAAUGGCAUUAUAUCACCAAAGCUUGCCGGCAAGAUCCGCUACCUGGAUUCGCGCCCGGACGAGCAGCUGCGCGGUAUCACCAUGGAGUCGUCCGCCAUUUCCCUCUAUUUUUCGCUGAUGCGCCGCUCCGCCCCCGACGCCGAGCCGGUGCGCCAGGAAAACCUUAUCAACCUCAUAGACUCGCCGGGCCACAUCGACUUUAGCAGCGAGGUGUCGACAGCCUCGAGACUCUGCGAUGGCGCAGUCGUGCUGGUAGACGCGGUCGAAGGAGUGUGCAGUCAGACCGUAACGGUCCUGCGCCAGACAUGGGUAGAGAAGCUGAAGCCUCUCCUUGUCAUCAACAAGAUGGAUCGUCUGAUCACGGAGCUGAAAAUGAGCCCUGGUGAAGCGUACACCCAUCUGAGUAAGUUGCUAGAACAGGUAAACGCUGUCAUGGGCAGCUUUUUCCAAGGUGAGCGUAUGGAAGACGACUUGAAAUGGAGAGAAAGAAUGGACGAGCGCAUCAGCGCCAAGGCAAAAGAGCGCGCCGACACGGUCGAUGGCAGCGAAGUACCUAGCGAAGCUACCGCGGACUACGAGGAAAAGGAUGACGAGGACAUCUACUUUGCACCGGAGAAGAACAACGUUAUCUUCAGCAGUGCCAUUGACGGCUGGGCGUUCACCGUAAAGCAGUUCGCUGCGCUGUACGAGCGGAAGCUCGGCAUCAAGCGCUCGGUGCUAGAGAAAGUCCUGUGGGGAGAUUUCUAUCUCGAUCCCAAGACAAAGAAAGUCCUAGGCUCAAAACACUUGAAGGGGAGAGCGCUCAAGCCCAUCUUCGUGCAACUGGUUCUGGAGCAAGUUUGGGCCGUCUAUGAAGCCACAACAGGCGGCAGCAAAGGGAAGGGAGAUUCUACCCUGGUCGAGAAGAUCACCAAAGGUCUUAACCUCACCCUUCCGCCUCAUAUCCUGCGUUCGCGAGAUCCCCGAACUCUCCUCAUGGCCAUCUUCGCGGCCUGGUUACCGCUUUCGACCGCUGUCCUGGUCUCUGUUAUCGAGUCUCUCCCAUCGCCCCCAGCCGCCCAAGCAGCGCGGAUGAAGGAGCUUGUCGAGCAAUCACCUGGCGCAGACCACGUUGAUCCUAAGAUUCAGGACGCGAUGGUCAACUUCAAGAAGGAGAAGGGAGCGCCCGUUGUUGCCUAUAACGGCGCCGACGACGACGAAGUGUCCAGCAUGACCCAGACCUUCGGUGCCACAGCCGUCAUCAGCGAAGAUGGGCCACAGGACGCAGAAGGGGGUGAAUCAGAGCAGCAAAAGGUCGAUCCCGAACACCUCAUCGGCUUCGCGCGCAUCUACUCGGGCACGCUCAGCGUCGGCGACGAGAUCUACGUGCUGCCGCCCAAGUUCACGCCGGCGGCGGCGCACGCCAGCCCGGAGCCGCAGAAGGUGACGAUCACGGCGCUGUACCUGCUCAUGGGCCGCGGGCUGGAGCCGCUGACGACGGUGCCGGCGGGCUGCGUCUUCGGCAUCGGCGGGCUGGCCGGGCACGUGCUGAAGAGCGGCACCAUCUGCAGCCAGCUCGACGGCGGCGUCAACCUUGCGGGAGUCAACCUCGGCUCGCACCCCAUCGUGCGCGUCGCGCUGGAGCCAGAGAACCCGGGAGACCUGGGCAAGAUGGUGGCCGGCCUGAAGCUGCUGGUCCAGAGCGACCCGUGCGUGCAGUACGAGGUGCUGGAGAGCGGCGAGCACGUCAUCCUGACGGCCGGCGAGCUGCAUCUGGAGCGCUGCUUGAAGGACCUGCGGGAGCGCUUCGCGCACUGCGAGAUCCAGGCUGGCGCUCCGAUUGUGCCGUACAGGGAGAGCAUCGUGGCUGCUGCCGAGAUGAACCCUCCGCAGAACAAGGAUCUACCGCGCGGUACGGUCGUCGCCGUCACCACGAGCAAGCACGUUACGAUUAGGCUGAGGGUGCGUCCGCUGCCCGCGCCUGUCACGGAGUUCUUGGCGAAAAACGCGGGUGCGAUCAAGCGGCUGUACGCCCAGCGUCGCGCUGAAGAAGAAGAAAAGAAGGGUGUGGUGGAUGCCCCCGAGGGAGAAGGAGAACAAGAAGAAGAGGGCAAGGAAGAACUUGAGGCAGACAUUGACGUCACCGAGGGCGGCAACGUCCUUACCAUCAAGGAUUUCCGGAAACAACUUCUCGAUGCCUUCGCCGAGGCCAAGGGCGAGAGCGAAGUUUGGGCCGGCGUCGCGGAGAAGAUUGCGGCCUUUGGACCCAGGCGGAUAGGGCCGAAUUUGCUGAUUGAUGAGACCGGGCAGAGGGUGCUGCCACAUCUCCUCUCCACCGACCCCGAGCACCACUCGGCGCUCGCGCCCGCCUCGACGACCGACGUCCUCACGCCGCACGACUUCACCGACAAGAUCACCUACGCCUUCCAGCUGGCGACGUACCAGGGCCCGCUCUGCAACGAGCCGGUGCAGGGCAUCGCGGUGCAGGUCGAAGCCGUCGAGAUCGACGCGGGCGCGGCGGGCGACCGGUCGGCGCUGGGGCGGCUGACGGGCGAGGUCAUCAAGGCGGUGCGCGGCGGCGUGCACGCCGGCUUCCAGGACUGGUCGCCGCGCAUGCUGCUCGCCAUGUACAGCUGCGAGAUCCAGUGCAGCACCGAGGUCCUCGGCCGCGUCUACGGCGUCGUCACCCGCCGCCGCGGCCGCAUCGUCAGCGAGGCCAUGAAGGAGGGCACCCCCUUCUUCAGCAUCACCGCACUGCUGCCCGUCGCUGAGAGCUUCGGCUUCAGCGAGGAGAUGCGCAAGAGGACGAGCGGUGCCGCACAGCCGCAGUUGGUGUUUGUGGGUUACGAGAUGUUGGAUGAGGAUCCGUUUUGGGUGCCGUGGACGGAAGAGGAGAUUGAGGAUUUGGGUGAGUUGGCGGACAAGGAGAAUGUGGCUAAGAGGUACAUGGAGAGUGUGCGGAGGAGGAAGGGUCUGUUCAUCAAGGAGAAGAUUGUGAGGGAUGCGGAGAAGCAGAGGACUUUGAAGAGCAAGUAG